AUGGCGGAUGUAAGUCAUGAGUCAAUGAUGGAGUACUAUCAUAUUGCCAACAAGAUGUUUAAUAGUGAGGAUGAAGGUUAUGCAUUCUAUAACAAAUAUGGUCUUGAGAAAGGUUUUAGUGUCCGGAGAAGCUAUGUCGAGUGGGAUGGAUCCAACUGCCAUAUAAUUUUAAGAAAAUUUGUGUGUAGUCGUGAAGGGGUUUGUGAAGAGAAGCACAUGAAGAGGAAGAUGGAAGAUAGAAAGAGGAGGCCACGGAGUAUAACUCGUGUAGGGUGUAAAGCUAAAUUGGUGAUUGCAAGACAGGAGGAAACAGGUCAGUGGUUUGUCAAGGAUUUCAUCGAUGAACACGACCAUCCUCUAGCCCCACGGGAUCUGUCGUGUCUUUUGCGUUCACACAGAAGAAUUAGCGAUGAGCAGAAAGCUGACAUUGCAGACAUGGAAAAAUCUGGGAUCAGAAAACACCAUAUUAUGGAUAUUAUGUGCAUGCAAUACGGUGGAUAUGAUGAGGUUGGAUGCAUUAUGAUGGACAUUUACAAUUUCUGCCAUGCUAACAAACAAGAAACAAUUUCUUCCGGGGAUGCUCAAACGGUGAUCAAUCACAUGGUCGUGAGGCAAGAGCAAGAUUCAUAUUUUUUCUUCAGGUACUUGGUUGAUGAAGCUGGCCAUCUGAAGGGACUGUUCUGGUGUGAUAGUCAAUCCCGACUUGACUACGAGGCUUUCGGUGACGUUAUUGUUUUUGAUAGCACAUACAGAACCAAUAAGUACAAUCUGCCAUUUGUGCCGUUUGUCGGGUUGAAUCACCACCGCAGCACCGUUAUUUUUGCAUGUGGUAUCAUUUCACAUGAAACAAGCCAGGCAUACGAGUGGAUGUUACGAACCUUUUCUGAUGCUAUGGGACAGAAGCAUCCUAUAUAUGUGAUCACGGAUGGGGACCUUGCAAUGCAGAGAGCAAUCAGGGUGGUGUGGCCUGACUCAAACCAUAGGCUCUAUAUAUGGCACAUUCAGCAGAACAUUGUACGCCAUCUGCAUGAUGACGCGGUAAAGGAGGAAUUCUAA